AUGGCAGACGGCGACGCUCCCGAACUACCGAAGCACAUGACGUUCUCGAAAUCGGAUGUUCCGUUAAUAGGGGCGUUGCUAGAUUUCUUAGAGACUAGUUUUCAGUACAUAAGACUCCAGACUUUCGCUCAAGCCGAGAAACUGAACGCCAAGUCCUCGAGGUCUAGUUUGUCGCCAAGUUUCGCGGCAUUAGUAUGCUUUGUGCUCGGUAUCGUGUCUAACGUCAAAUUCGAGGUGGUCACUUUCGAUCGCGAACCCCUGGCCAAUGACUUACACUACAUGCUGAUGAGUAAAGAAGAUAAACUAUAUAUCGACGACAUUGAUGUUUCGCGUGUGCUAUGGUGUGUGGAAGCUUCUGAUACUCUCGUCAUAUUAAUAAGCUGUCUUCUUAUAUGGAAUUCAUCGAAUGUGCGGUCACCUUUGAGCGAGUAUUUCUUUUUACCUUGGUUGGGAGCCUCUUUGCGGGGCCUACUUCUUCGGCAAGCCCCGACCGCUGGAGCACUGGUUUAUACGAUGGCUGUUGUAGAUGGAAAUAUCAACGCCUUAUUCCUGACGGCAUUUUCAUUUUUAUUUUUGCUAGAAGCUCGGAUGUGGUUGGAAAUCGCGCGCUUAGUGCGAGCUCGUUGGGUGCGCCGGGACCAGGGCGUGAGCCUUCAGGAGUCUGAAUACGAGGUUCAAACCCUUUGGAGUAACGACGACGUGCAGAGCGUUGAAGUUAGAAAUUACGUAUAUUGACUUUGUUUGCAUUGAAAACGUUGCAAGUUGUUUAUUUUUAUUUAACUCCAUUUUGUAAAGUGAAAUUUGGAAGUUUUCGA